GGUCAAUAAUUAGAGAGAAAAAUAAAACCACCGUCAAUUAACGAGAAAGCAGUCCAUAAAACAAGAAGAAGAAAGGGGAAGGAAGCUCUGCAAAUAACGCCAACCCAAACAAUCCUCCAGUCGAUUCUGUCUGCAAUAGGAGCAGAAAAUUUGUAAAUUUAUGGUUUUAUUGAAUUCUGCGUUUAAACUUGGAAUCUUCAUUUGAGUUUUCGUGACUAGGGUUUUUUCCUUGCACAUAGAGGAAGACAAGGUUUUUUUUUUCUUUUUUCAAAUACCAAAAAUGUUGGCAGCUUUGAUGCCCGUCUCGUCGAUGCUGUGUCUUGAUACGGCAAGAGAAUUAAAAAAUAGUAAAACGAAGGAAAUUCAAAAUUGGUAGGACGGAAAAUUAUGUGAUGUGAUUGCAGCGUACUUUGCCCAAGCUUCUCAAUUCAGCUCUAAUUGAGCUCCUGGUCUUUGUAAGGGCUCGAGCUCACGAUCUCGCAGAAACAAAGAGGCGUUGCGUGCUAUUUGGGAGGCGUCCUCAAACGUCUAACUCAACCCUAAUCGGAAUUCCUGGCUUUUCUUUUCUUUUUUCUUGUAAGGGUUCAAACUGGUGAAGGAGGAGAGCUUUUUUGGUUAUUUGGAAUUUUUUCGAACUUCCUAAUUCGGCCCUUGCGAACCCGUGACCUCGCACCAUGGAAGUAGUAACCGGCGGCGUAACUUCGCUUCCUCUGGCCUUGCCACUUCACCAGCAGCACCAACAAUAUCAACAGCAACAUCAGCAGCAACAACAACAUCAUCAGCAGCAUCAGCAACUUCAGCAGCAUCAGCAGCAGCUGGUGUUGACGGAGAGCAGUGGGGAUGACCAUGAAUUGAGGGCUCCGAAGAAGAGGGCCGAGACGUGGAUCGGCGACGAGAUUAAAACCCUUCUCAUUCACAGAAAAGAGUUAGACAGCCUUUUCAACGCUUCCAAGUCUAAUAAACAUCUGUGGGAGCAGAUUUCUGCCAAGAUGAGGGAGCGGGGCUACGACAGAUCACCCACCAUGUGCAAGGAUAAGUGGAGAAAUUUGCUGAAGGAUUAUAGGAAGCUCUGUCACCAGCACAAGCCGGGGACCCCCAAGAGUGGCUUCUAUAAGGAUAUUGAAGAUAUCAUUGGCGACAGGACGAAGAAUAAUAAUAACAUUGUCUAUUCAAGCAGCCCUAUCAAGUACGAGUCUUCUGCAUUGCAAAUCGUUCCCAAAGACUUUGAGAGGCCUGCUCUAACUCUUGACCAAAGGUUAGAUAAUGAUAGCCAAGCAACAUCAUUGUUGUCUCAUGAAUCUCCACUUAGUCCAUGGAAUUGGAGGGACACCAGUGCCAAUGGUUUACCUCAGUGGAAUGCUGGGAUGGAACGCAAUGUAACUUCAGGCAGGGUUAUCGUUGUAAAAUGGGGUGAUGUGACCAGAAGAAUAGGUAUUGAUGGUUCUGCAGAGGCCAUUAAGGAUUCCAUUAAGAGUGUUUUUGGACUGCGAUCAAAACGGGCAUUCUGGUUAGAAGAUGAAGAUGGGGUUGUCCGCAGCUUUGAUCGGGACAUGCCUUUAAGAUCUUAUAAUCUCCAAGUUGAUCCAGGUUUGACAGUGAAGAUCUGUUAUUAUGAUGGAUCUGGUCGGCUUCCAGCAGUGACUGAAGAGAAGAUUUUAUAUUGUGAAGAAGACUUCCGUGAAUUUUUAGCAAAGCGUGGUUGGCUAGCACUGCGAGAAAUAGGUGGGUAUAAAGACAUUGACUCAAUGGAAGAGCUUCAUCCAAAUGGUAUGUAUCAGCAAGGUGGAUUUAAGGACUUAGGCUUGUAGCUAACAUGGGUUAAAUAAACUCAAUGACCGAUGUAACUCUACAAGAUUCCUCUUUACUUUUUAAGUCAGGCCUGUACGAACUGAUCAAGGCAUGCAUGUGAUAUGAUAUUCAAAGGGCACACGUGUUAGAUAUUAUCAAUAUCUUUUUCGUCUUAGAAUCCCAAACAUUAACCAUUCGUCAACAUCACACAGGCAUCUCAAAUGACUUCCAUGAUUUUUGCUCAAAUGAGCAUGUAUGUACCAUUGUGAUUGGAGAGCUGUAUAGAAAUGAAAAGUUCUUGAUCUACUUCAGGCACUUGAGAACAAUGUUGUCAGCAUUUUGCAAUUUUAAGCAAAAAUCUCUAUUGCAACUAUAUGUCAUGAACCCUUUUCUGAAGGUAAUCAUCCGGCACUGAUUUUUGGAUUCCUAAAUGUCAUUUAAACCUAUUCUUUAUA